AACAUUUUGGAAUUUCUAUGAUAUUGUUGAGGACAACAACAAGACCACAGCAAGAUGUAAAGACUGCAAUGCUGUUGUCAGUGCCAAAGUAAUAUGGCCACGAAACAGUUUUUAAUUUUUACAAUAAACUUUUAUAUCUUCCCCUAUUUAAUUGAGUCAUUUACAUUAUUUAUUUAAUAUUAUGACUUGCAAGUAUAUUAUAAACUGAUAGUGCAUGUUAUGAAUUACAGUAUUUACCAUAAUGGCCACUGAAACAUUUAAAAUAACCAACAACACAGACUAUAAUGACCAAACAAUUUUCAAUCAACCAGUAUUGACCGGUUUUAACCAGUAUUGACCACCAGCCCGGUCAAUACUCAUAUUGACCACUUUUUUGCCAACCCUGCUUGUCAGUGACAUGGGACUGUGAAAUUGAGAAACUGGUACAGCUUGGAAGCCAGAAAAAAAGAUCAGAAAUACCCCUUACGGGUAAUGCUGAAAAAUCAGAAAUAAAAGGAAAUAUUAGUCAGAGCAUCCAUCAAACUAAAGGAAUUAGCAAGGAAGGAAGAUGGAAGGGAUGCUACAUCAAACUUUGGAGUGGAAGCGAUUGAAAACACUACACGAAGAGCUGGAGAUGAGGAAAGUGGCAGGGUCAAAUUGUCACUCAUUGGAGGGGCAGCCGAGACCCCAAUUGGAUAAUGAGACCAGCAGGACAGGAAGUCGUAUUGUUUCUUUUAGUGUGUGCUGUUUCAUGCUGGGAAGACUACAACCUGCCAAGGAGCCACUUGUCCUUCUUUUUUAAUAACAACCCAGAAAUCAAGCAGAGGUGCCAUGAGGAGGAUAAUUGCCCAUAUAAGGAAUUUUUAUCUGAGACCCAGUGUCUGGGUUAUGAAGAUUUCUGUGACCCGAAUAGUCGCCUGAAUUCUACUUCCUGUCCAGGUUUGAGCGAAGGAUGGACAAAAGACAAAGCAUCCCAGCUAGAGCUUUUCUGGAAAUCUGUGGACUUUGGUUACGUUCUGGAGAGGAGGAGAGAGCUGAAGACGAUCUGUGUACCUAGAACACCGGAGGAUUCUGCCCUGGAGUGUGUGCGUUACGCGAGGUUUUGUAGAGGGAGGAACCUUUACUUUGAUUUCACCAAACCUGGAAUGUUUUCCGGACAAGAGAGAUUUAAAGAAAACAUGUUUGAUACGAGUCUGGGUAAUACACAGGAUGAGGUUAACACGGGGUUGAUUGGAGGUCACUGUGACCUAGAUACAGAAGCUCUGAAAGCGGAGGGGGAACACAAGAGUGCCCUGCAGUCCUGGUUUGCUGAAGUUGAACACUUUUCAUCUCUGCCUUUCCGUCCAAUUCAAGAUGGCCGAUGUGAUAUCGUUCUUGACAAACCAACGUAUUUCAUGAAGUUGGAUGCAGGAAUCAAUAUGUACCACCAUUUUUGUGACUUCAUUAACUUGUAUGCCUCCAAUCACCUUAACAACUCGUUCUCCACAGAUGUGUACGUUGUGAUGUGGGAUACGAGCAACAUGGGAUACAUGGACCUGUUCGCAGAAAUGUGGAAGGCUUUCACCGAUUAUCCUAUAAUUAGAUUACACCAGUAUGACAAGAAAAUUCUGUGUGUUCGAGAUGCUGUCUUUCCGCUAUUACCCAGAAUGAGAUAUGGCAUGUUUUAUAACCAGCCACUGGUGCCGGGCUGCCAAGGAAGCAGCUUGUUUGAAGCUUUUAAUCAACACUUGGCCCACAGACUCAAACUCACUCAACAUGGACCAUUGGAAAACAAAAUCAGAAUUACCCUUUUGUCCAGAAAAACAAAGUACAGGAACAUUCUUAAUGAAGAGGAGCUGAUGGGGGCCAUGAAGAUGGUGGGAGAAUUUGAAGUCCAAGUUGUAACUUAUGACAGGAAUAUGCCGUUUAAGAAGCAGAUGGAGACUUCCCACAACAGUGACAUUUUCAUCGGUAUGCACGGAGCGGGUCUGACACACUUACUCUUUCAACCAGACUGGGCGGUGGUCAUUGAGCUGUACAAUUGUGAGGAUAGGGAUUGCUAUCGUGACCUUGCAAGGUCACGGGGAAUUCACUACAUGACAUGGGAGAAACGGUCCAAAGUUAUCCAAGAAGAUGAGGGUCAUCACCCAACACUUGGGGCCCAUGCAAAGUUUACAAAUUACCAGUUUGAUGUGAGUGAGUUCAUGAGACUGAUCUUUAAGGCUGCUGACCAUGUACGAGCUCAUCCCAAAUUUGUGCAAGGGAGACAAUCCAAGUAUUAUGGUGAUAAAAGAAAGAAAUCCCAACCCUAUGAAGGGAGAGAAUCAAAAGAGGAAUUAUGAUGUUAACAGAUUUGUAAUCUCUAUGCAGAGUAGAUAUGUCCACUUCUUAUUUUGUCUAAUCAAAUGCAUGUCAUAGAUUUUGUAGAAACAAUUUUUAUGUAUUUUGAUUGUUUUGAGAGGGUUCAAUAUAGGUGUUUAUUUGCAAUAUAUGCGGGAAAAAGUGUGUGUAUAUAUAUAUAUAUAUAUAUAUAUAUAUAUAUAUAUAUAUAUAUGAUUAUUAAUUUGUAUUCACCUGAGGAUGGAUGUUAAAAUCCAGAAAGCGCUAGUGAUUUAAAUAUAUUUUGGAACUGUAUAUUUUCCUGCUUUUUUUAUUGAAUUAUAUAUAUAUAUAUAUAUAUAUAUAUAUAUAUAUAUAUAUAUAUAUAUCAUUGGCAAUCAGAUACAGUUUGUAUUUUAUCAAACAUGUCUUUUACCCUUCUGUUGGUGGGACCAAUGUUUUAAAUGUACCAGUUAACAUUUCCUAUGAAAUUAACGCCAAACCUGAUGGAGGGUGUAUUGAAUUAUCAAAAACUGCAUGUAUAGAUUCGGCAUUAGGUUCUCCGUCGAUAAAUUAUUGUUUUAAAAUCAACCUCUCCUGAAGGUGUGAUCAUGAAUCACACUUAACCAUCAGAUUUUAUGUAUUGAUGUUUAACAAUUUUACUUUUUAAAUUGAUUUACAUUCAUGGUGCUAGGUAGCACUGCAGUUUUGCGGAGCAAUAAGAUUUUUUGGCUUAGCACUCUGGCCUAUAUUUUGUGUAUUUUUACAUGAUUUUACACUGUGCAUAUUCCUACACAUUAUGUAUUAGGGUGCUGUAUUGUUGACAAGGUGCUAUGUUUAAGGACUUAAUUCUAAGUGAAACAUUUACAUUCCAGGUUAAUUAUUUUGAAGGUGUAUAUUUGUGAAAUCCAUGACUGCAUGUUGUAUAGUCCAGGUUUAUGUGACCGUCUGGAAAAAACUAAUUGUUAAAGUUCGUUAGCACAUUUUAUGUCAGUUUUAAGUUUCAUUUUAGAUCAGAGAAGGUGCAUCAUUAUGUAUGCCAUUUGUUAUUAGUAAUAAAUGUUUAGAGUGCUUGUAUGAGGAGGGUUUAUAGACAAGGGAAAUUAUGGGAAAAUCGCGUCACUCAUGCUUCCUGUCGUUUUUGUAUCCCCCAAAAUCUGACAUCGUAGACAUUUAUUCUUUUAUUUUUGUCAUUUUUAAUGUGUAUCUUUUUGAUGUGGAGUUGAAAGGUCAGUAUUUUUAUUGAGAAAUAAGAUACAUCGAAACAGCAUUGAUUGAUUACUGACAAAAACACCGGUAAAUAUUAACACAUACAGUUACGCAAGUUUACUUUAUCCAAACACACAGUAUUUAUGACUGAUUAAUUAUGACUGAUUAAUUAAGAAUAGAGGUUGUAAUGAUUGUCAUUGUGUUAGUGAUCAUUGUUUACAUGUUACGAGGAUUUUGAAAUGCCACGAAUUCUUGCCAGGUUGUGUUGUGCAUUUGUUACUCUUAUUGAUUAUUUGUUGAUUACAUAACAUCAUAUCUCAGGAUUAAAUUAUCUUUCUGUA